AUGCCGUGCUUCAAUUGGGGCGAUGUGGACUAUCCGAUCUACUCGGCACUGGACGGCCAACGUAUGGGCAAAAUAACAAUCCAGUGGUCGGGUUUGGGCCGCGAAUGGAUGACCGACGCCAACCAUUUCGGUAUCACAUUUCCGGCCGAACUGGACGUCCCGAUGAAGGCGGUGCUGAUGGGCGCCUGUUUUCUCAUUGUAAGUGCAUUAGGGUUGUAG